AUGUCUUCUUCUCAGCGACCCGUCAUUCAGGCCAUCCCUCCGUUCAAGGGUGCAGAUCCCCUUCAGGCAACAGAUGUGCAAAACCGCAGACCCACCGCAGUAGAGGCAUAUGUCGCCCUUGCCAACCGCAAGGCUGGCGCCAACGUAGUCUCCACAAGAGCCACUGGCUCAGAAAACCAUCAUCGACCCUCUCAUCACCACGCCACCAGCCAUCACGCCUCCCAACGCCAACAGCCACUGCCAGCAGUCGACCGCAGACCGCCACAGCAAGCCGCAGCACCUAGCGAGCGUCCAAAGCCUGUAUCACGUCUGGAGAGAGAAAAAAAGCGUCAUCACAACGACCCAAAGAACAUUGGCCACUGGAGGCUCGACAAGCUCAUUGGUCAAGGUGCUUCGGGUCGUGUUCGUCUCGCUCUUCACGAUCAGACCGGUCAGAGAGCCGCUGUCAAAAUCAUCCCCAGAACACUCAUCAAUGCCAGUCGUAUGAGCUUGCGUGAUGCCGAUGUCAAGGCCAACAAGAUGAUCCUUGGUAUCGAGAGGGAGAUUGUUAUCAUGAAGCUCAUCGAGCACCCCAAUCUUCUCGGUCUCUGGGAUGUAUAUGAGACAUCAAAGGAUCUCUUUCUCAUCAUGGAAUACGUUGCCGGUGGUGAGCUCUUCGAUCACCUUGUCGCUCAAGGCAAGCUCACUCCUCAAGACGCUCGCAGCUACUUCCGUCAGAUCAUUUUCGGUAUGGACUACUGUCACCGCUUCAACAUUUGCCAUCGCGACUUGAAGCCCGAGAAUCUCUUGCUCGACGAGUCCAAGAAGAUCGUCAAGAUUGCCGAUUUCGGUAUGGCUGCACUUCAGCUCACAGAGAAGAUGCUCGAGACCAGCUGUGGCUCUCCACACUAUGCUAGUCCCGAAAUCGUCAGUGGCAAGCGAUACAAGGGAACCGCAAGCGACAUCUGGAGUUGCGGUAUCAUUCUCUUCGCCCUUCUGUGUGGACGUCUUCCCUUUGACGACCCUAACAUCCAGCAGCUACUCGGCAAGGUCAGGGCAGGCAAGUUCGUGAUGCCCGACUGGCUUGAGCCUGCCUCCAAGGACCUCAUCUGGAGAAUGCUCGAGGUGGAUCCCGAGAAACGAAUCAAGAUGGUCGACAUCAUGCGUCACCCUUGGUUCACCAACAACGGCAAGGAGUCCUCGGUCAACACUGUCUCUACCUCGCUCGAGACACUUCAGAUGGAGCAGUUGACCCUCGACACCAUCGAUGUUGACAUUCUCGGCAACCUCAAGACGCUCUGGUCCGAGCUCAGUGAGGAGGACAUUGUCAAGGAGUUGCUUGCGCCAGGACCAAGCUGGCAAAAGACCUUCUACACUCUCCUCACCGCGCAUCGUGAAAACCACUCUGCCGACGAUGACGAGGACAUGGAGGAUGACUUUAUCAAUGAGCAGAUCGUCAAUGCUAGUGCUGUGCCAGCUCAUGCUCUGCUCUCUGCCUCCAGCGCGGGCAAGAAAAAGGCACGCCCUCGUCGGGCUGGAGAUACGGCUGGUGCCACAUCUGCUCCUUCCUCUCCCAGGCUUGAGAGCAUGGACAUGGAGCGAAGGCACAGCACUCCAGAGAAGGAUUCAGCAUAUCACACCACACCUACUCGCCCCACUGAUGUCAUCCCUGCCAAAGUGGCCACUCCCGUUCCAUCGCCUCAUGUUCGCCCCGCCAAUCCUUCGCCCCGUCUGCGACCAUCGCCACUUGACUCUCCUGCCACUGCCACCUUGGAUGGUCCUUUCGCAACUCCUUUGAAACUGAGGACACCUUUGCCAUCCAAGCCUGCCGGUGCUCGCGCCGAGAACACUGGAAGCUACAUUCUGCCUCAGAUCUCGUUGCAGACCGCUUCUCCGCAGCGCAACAAGCAAACUACUGUUGACUUGCAGCGACGCAACACUUCGCCAACUAAGGUCGCUGCCACCAGCGCACCACCUUCGGCACGCAUUGCUUUGGCCAAUCUGUACGAUGCUCCUACAUUGUCAGCAGCAUCUGCUGCUUCGACCUCGACGUCGUCCGCUGCCUCUUCAUCUGCAUCCCUUACUACUACACGGGCUCGGGCUAACCGUGGCUCUGGUUCAGAGAUGAUGAUGCCUCCCCUGGCUCUUCCUGGACGUGCCUCGUCGCGACCUGUCUCUCCCACAAAGCCUACCUUUGGUGCAGCUGUUAUGCAACCGUCUCAGCCUGUCCCUACAAUUGCUGCUCAGUCAGUGCUGCAGAGGCCAACAGCCGCACGAGCACACACAACUCACGCUGCUCCAUCCAUCCAGGUGCCACAGGUUGGUGACGCUACCAUGCAGAAGUUCUUCCAGGAGAUCGCCGAUGAGCUUGCGUCUAUCCGCGCUACCGGUGAGAAGCCGGACGCGCUUCGGUCCAAAAUCGAGCAGCUCAAGAAUUCGAUGGCUUUGCAACAACAACAGCAGCAGCAACGACCGCAGCCAACCUCAACGACGCGUGCUACUGGCGGCAAGAAUUCGGAAAUGAAUCAGUUCGAGGAUGCCGAGGACGAUGUCAGCGAAGGCGAAAGCAUGCGAUCUGUAUCGCAAGCCUCUUCGCAUCAGCAGACCUACACACCUCAAAUGCCCAUGACUCCUCUCAGCCCUGCCGAGUUGAUUGCCCCCUUAUCACUCACUGACAAGGCUGGCGGCAGCGUGAGAUCCAGUGUUGCCAGCUCGAACGCCAGUGCCCGCAACUCGAUUCGCAGUGCUCGCAGUGCUCGCUCUGCUCGCUCUGCUACCGAGGCUAGCAGCUCUGGUGCCACCUCUCGCCCAGCCAGCGUGUUCAGCAACAUCAGCACUGGCAGCGCCGGUCUUGGCAGGAAGCGCUCGCUCCUCGGUCUUCGUCGUGGUGACAAGCACCAGCAACAGCAGACUGCCACAGACGCCAACGCCAUCCGAUCGAUCGCUUACGAUCAGGCCCAUGCCCCUCCCGCGCUCGCCAGCAUCUUUGCGGCUCCACCCAUGGCUGCUACUCGAUCCGCGCCCGGCCAAACAUCGACGCGUGUGCAGAAGCUCAACCCAGGUCUUGGUCUCGACAUUGGAAUGGGUGGCAAUGCUGGUGUUGGCGUUCUUUCGCCACCCACCACACCUGUCUCUCCCCACGUUGCCACGCUCGGAACUGUCUCGAGCAGCACUGCUGGUGUGCCUGGCAAGAAGGACAGCUGGUUCGCCGGCCUUUUCAACUGGAAGCCUGCUACCUUUACGCUCAUGUCGACCGAGAACUUCUCAGAGACCUUGAGCGAGUGUGUUCGCAGGUUGCAGAGCUACGGCGUUCGCGUUGCCUUGGAUGACUCGUCUGACGUGCACCACACUACACUCAAAUGCAGCAUCAACGAGUACCACGACUCGAACGGCGUCACUACUGCCGCCAAGCCUCUGCGUUUCCGUGUCGAGCUGAACAUCUUGCCUGUUGGAUCGGCGGCCAACUCGCCCCAGAUGGGUGGUGGCUUGGGUCUGUCGCUCCACGGCGGCCCUAUUGCUGGGGGAAAUGGUGCCAUGAGCCAUGGUCUGCCUUCGCCCGCGCUGAGUACCUACUCGCGUGGCAGCACUGCUGGCGGCGUUACUUUUGCGACCUCGGUGCAGGUGAUACAAGAGAAGGGUGCUUUGAGCACAUUCAAGCUCGUUCAUGGUCGCCUUAGACGUGAAUGGACGCUCGACCUUGCUUCUGCCAUUGUCUAG